AGAGCGCAGCGAUUCUGUGCGCAGGGAGCCGGAGGGCUGGGGCUGGGAGAUCCCGGCGGAGCCCCGGCAGAGCAGUCGCCCGUGAGCCCCCGCGACUCAGACGCGCUCGGCCUCGCGCUCCGGGGCUGGGACCACCGAGGGCGAGCUGCAGCCUUCGCCACCCGGUCCGCCGGACUCCGCCUCCCACAAGCAGCCCGGCAAGGCCCUUUUCCGCCGCUGCCUCAUCGAGCGGAGCCUCCUUCCCAGCUUCCCCGGCGGCGGCGCCGUGACGUCACUUCCGGUCUCCAGCGCGCACGUGGGAGGAAGUGCUGGUGCCCUCAGCCGCUGCUCCCGUCUCUUUGGUUACGCUCGUCAGCCGGUCGGCCGCCGCCUCCAGCCGUGUGCCGCUAUGGGAGUCCCGGCGUUCUUCCGCUGGCUCAGCCGCAAGUACCCGUCCAUCAUAGUCAACUGCGUGGAAGAGAAGCCAAAAGAAUGCAAUGGUGUAAAGAUUCCAGUUGAUGCCAGUAAACCUAAUCCAAAUGAUGUGGAGUUUGAUAAUCUGUAUUUGGAUAUGAAUGGAAUCAUCCAUCCCUGUACUCAUCCUGAAGACAAACCAGCACCAAAAAAUGAAGAUGAAAUGAUGGUUGCAAUUUUUGAGUACAUUGACAGACUUUUCAGUAUUGUAAGACCAAGACGACUUCUCUACAUGGCAAUAGAUGGAGUGGCACCACGUGCUAAAAUGAACCAGCAGCGUUCAAGGAGGUUCAGGGCAUCAAAAGAAGGAAUGGAAGCAGCAGUCGAGAAGCAGCGAGUCAGGGAAGAAAUAUUGGCAAAAGGUGGCUUUCUUCCUCCAGAAGAAAUAAAAGAAAGAUUUGACAGCAACUGUAUUACACCAGGAACUGAAUUCAUGGACAAUCUUGCUAAAUGCCUUCGCUAUUACAUAGCUGAUCGUUUAAAUAAUGACCCUGGGUGGAAAAAUUUGACAGUUAUUUUAUCUGAUGCUAGUGCUCCUGGUGAAGGAGAACAUAAAAUCAUGGAUUACAUUAGAAGGCAAAGAGCCCAGCCUAACCAUGACCCAAAUACUCAUCAUUGUUUAUGUGGAGCAGAUGCUGAUCUCAUUAUGCUUGGCCUUGCCACACAUGAACCGAACUUUACCAUUAUUAGAGAAGAAUUCAAACCAAACAAGCCCAAACCAUGUGGUCUUUGUAAUCAGUUUGGACAUGAGGUCAAAGAUUGUGAAGGUUUGCCAAGAGAAAAGAAGGGAAAGCAUGAUGAACUUGCUGAUAGUCUUCCUUGUGCAGAAGGAGAGUUUAUCUUCCUUCGGCUUAAUGUUCUUCGUGAGUAUUUGGAAAGAGAACUCACAAUGGCCAGCCUACCAUUCACAUUUGAUGUUGAGAGGAGCAUUGAUGACUGGGUUUUCAUGUGCUUCUUUGUGGGAAAUGACUUCCUCCCUCAUUUGCCGUCGUUAGAGAUUAGGGAAAAUGCAAUUGACCGUUUGGUUAACAUAUACAAAAAUGUGGUACACAAAACUGGGGGUUACCUUACAGAAAGUGGUUAUGUCAAUCUGCAGAGAGUACAGAUGAUCAUGUUAGCAGUUGGUGAAGUUGAGGAUAGCAUUUUUAAAAAGAGAAAGGAUGAUGAGGACAGUUUUAGAAGACGACAGAAAGAAAAAAGAAAGAGAAUGAAGAGAGAUCAACCAGCUUUCACUCCUAGUGGAAUAUUAACUCCUCAUGCCUUGGGUUCAAGAAAUUCACCAGGUUCUCAAGUAGCCAGUAAUCCGAGACAAGCAGCCUAUGAAAUGAGGAUGCAGAAUAACUCUAGUCCUUCGAUAUCUCCUAAUACGAGUUUCACAUCUGAUGGCUCCCCGUCUCCAUUAGGAGGAAUUAAGCGAAAAGCAGAAGACAGUGACAGUGAACCUGAGCCAGAGGAUAAUGUCAGGUUAUGGGAAGCUGGCUGGAAGCAGCGGUACUACAAGAACAAAUUUGAUGUGGAUGCAGCUGAUGAGAAAUUCCGUCGGAAAGUUGUGCAGUCGUACGUUGAAGGACUUUGCUGGGUUCUUAGAUAUUACUACCAGGGCUGUGCUUCCUGGAAGUGGUAUUAUCCAUUUCAUUAUGCACCAUUUGCUUCAGACUUUGAAGGCAUUGCAGACAUGCCAUCUGAUUUUGAGAAGGGUACGAAACCGUUUAAACCACUAGAACAACUUAUGGGGGUAUUUCCAGCUGCAAGUGGUAAUUUUCUACCUCCAUCAUGGCGGAAGCUCAUGAGUGAUCCUGAUUCUAGUAUAAUUGACUUCUAUCCUGAAGAUUUUGCUAUUGAUUUGAAUGGGAAGAAAUAUGCAUGGCAAGGUGUUGCUCUCUUGCCAUUUGUGGAUGAGCGAAGGCUACGAGCUGCCCUAGAAGAGGUAUACCCAGACCUCACUCCAGAAGAGACCAGAAGAAACAGCCUUGGAGGUGAUGUCUUAUUUGUGGGGAAACAUCACCCACUCCAUGACUUCAUUUUAGAGCUGUACCAGACAGGUUCCACAGAGCCAGUGGAUGUACCCCCUGAACUAUGUCAUGGGAUUCAAGGAAAGUUUUCUUUGGAUGAAGAAGCCAUUCUUCCAGAUCAAAUAGUAUGUUCUCCUGUUCCUAUGUUAAGGGAUCUGACACAGAACACUGUAGUCAGUAUUAAUUUUAAAGACCCCCAGUUUGCUGAAGAUUACAUUUUUAAAGCUGUAAUGCUUCCAGGAGCAAGAAAGCCAGCAGCAGUACUGAAACCGAGUGACUGGGAAAAAUCCAGCAAUGGACGGCAGUGGAAGCCUCAGCUUGGCUUUAACCGUGACCGGAGGCCUGUGCACCUGGAUCAGGCAGCCUUCAGGACUUUGGGCCAUGUUAUGCCAAGAGGCUCAGGAACUGGCAUUUACAGCAAUGCUGCACCACCACCUGCGACUUACCAGGGAAACUUAUACAGGCCGCUUUUGAGAGGACAAGCCCAGAUUCCAAAACUUAUGUCAAAUAUGAGGCCCCAGGAUUCCUGGCGAGGUCCUCCUCCCCUUUUCCAGCAGCAAAGGUUUGACAGAGGCGUUGGGGCUGAACCUCUGCUCCCAUGGAACCGGAUGCUGCAAACCCAGAAUGCAGCCUUCCAGCCAAACCAGUACCAGAUGCUAGCUGGGCCUGGUGGGUAUCCACCCAGACGAGAUGAUCGUGGAGGGAGACAGGGAUAUCCCAGAGAAGGAAGGAAAUACCCUUUGCCACCACCCUCAGGAAGAUACAGUUGGAAUUAAGCUUUUGUAAAGCUUUCCCAAAUCCUUUCAUCAUUCUACAGUUUUAUGCUAUUUGUGGAAAGAUUUCUUUCUCAAGUAGUAGUUUUUAAUAAAACUACAGUACUUUGUGUAUUUCUUUUAACUGUGUAUAUUUCUACUGAUCUGAUCUCACUGUUUAUGUUGCUUUCCAAAGAUGUAUGUUGCAUAAUACAGUGGAUCUGAAUUUAUUAUUGCUUAUAAAACACAUUUGAUGGAAUAGGAGUACUGGUUUUUCAUAAUGGUUAAAAAUGAAACCAGCUGUGGAUUUCAAAACACAGUGUAUUCUAGAUCAUCUAAGAUCCAUGCUGAUUUUUAUUGCACAAGAAUUAGGUUUGAACUCUUGAGCUGGAACCUCAGCAAACUAGAGUAUAUAUUGUUCAGUAUUUCUUUGGAAACAUUUCAUUAAUGUACUUGUCUUACAGAAAUUUCUGAACUUUAGUAAAAAAAAUAAAGUUAAACUUUUAAAACUC